UGAUACUACGACGACGACGAACGACGCUGCAGUUUAUCAGUGCAGAUGCACCGAUACCUGGAAACAUCAGUAUCUGCUACACACGGCACUGCCCAGUCCUCAGGGAAGCCAAUCAGAGGGCGGGCCACAACAUGCCCCUGCCACGGUCGACACUCGAUGAGGGCGGCAUGGAGGAGUUAACGGUGCUCGUCAUCAACCCCAACUCGUCCAAGCUCAUGACAGAUAGCAUGCUCGAACGCGCUCCAUACUAUCCCGCCGUCGACUUUCGCUUCUACACGGCCCCGUCGGAUGCGCCUGAGUCAAUCAACAAUGUCGCAGACGAGCAGCUCUCGGCUGAUGUGGUAUGGAACCACUUGGUGGAGAAGGAUAACCCCUGCCUGCACACCUGCGACGCCAUCCUCAUCGCUUGUUUCUCCGAUCACCCGCUGACCUCCGUGCUGCGCCGCCGGGAACGCAGUCCCCAAGGCCGCGCGCGACCGGUGAUGAAUAUACUCGAGGCUGCCGUUAUCCAGUCCUUGACAUUCGGCGUAAGCUUCGGCGUCAUCACCACGACUGAAGAUCUCGUUCCAGACAUCGAGAUGGGGAUCGCUAGCGUCCUGGGAUCCGCCAAGAGCAGCAGAUACGUUGGAACCAGAGCGUGCGGGAUCACUGCCAUCCAACUCAAGACCCUUCCGAAAGCUGACAUCACGCCCAAAGUGCAGAGAGUCGCGCAGGAGCUCGUCGAGGACGGAGCACAGGUGCUGGUGCUCGGGUGUAGCGGCAUGGAUGACAUGACUGAGAAGGUCCAGUAUGCGGCAAUCAAGGCUGGAAUGCGAGAAAAGGUGUAUGUUGUUGACUCAGUAAAGGCGGGGAUGAACCUGCUUGCAAGCACGAUUCUGCAGUCCCUCCAAGCCGAAGGUGUGCCGAAAGUACCACGCUUUGCGUAGUCCAUAGUAUGGAAUUAUAUGCAAAGAAAGC